ACAAAGACCUGCUUAAUCUGGCCAACCUUUUCCGGUCCUUAUUCCUCGAGAAUCGUCAACAUGUACGAGGAGACUUCAACCGACGCGUGAUCGAAGCGUUUCUGAUUGUGGGCAAGUUAGGUCUAGCUCGCGAUUGCCGGGAAGAAUUUAGCAGAAGACCUCGGGCUGAUGCCGUCGUGACUGUAAAGAGUGGCUGGUCGGUCUGAUAGUCCUGAUAGAUUUGGCUGCCGAGACAGGAAUCGAAAUGGGGUGAGCAUUUUACGUCGGGGAACAGAUGCCUUUUUAGCACCUGGUUCUUCGCCAAGCGCAGAGCAAGACCUCAAAUCUGCAGCUGGUGUGAAAUGAAGGCUGGAGAUGGACGUGUACUAGCGACCUCAAGGACGAACAGUUGGAGUGUGAGCUUUAUACUGUCACCCUAAUACGUGACUCUCACCUCAUGCUCAUGUGCUGCUAGGACAAGCUUUUGGUCCCUCGCGUCUGGGACUCGUUGUCGGAGUGGCCCUCCAGCUCGAGUAAGCCAAGUCUGAGUGAAAGGAGCUGUUUCGUGGAGAAGGAGGAGUUCUCUCCACCUCAGGCUCUGCGGCUAGAGAUGUCUCAGGCAGACUUACAGCUUGUGCGUGAGACAAUUCACUGGUUCACGUGAAUCCCGCCUACCUUCAGUUUUGGUGCCUUUUGAUCUCAGCCAGAAUUCCACCACGUAUAAAGCUGGAGAAUGCGCUGUAGUUAUUGUCAAUCUCACCUGAGCUCUUUCAUCUCGUACCAAUCGGCAGAUCACACGUAACUUGGCUCAAGAGGUCUGCAGUUUGACGAUUCAGUGCAUCGUCACUCACUGCACAUUAUUGUCGCAGGUGGAGCUGCAAAUGUGGAAAUUUUAAAAACCAUUGUAGACCUCAUAUCGGGCUGUGUUGUACUGAAAUCACUGAGAAAGAUACAGCAAUGGCGGAAUCCAUCGGUACUUCAAACAAGGAGACCUCGGGCUUGAAGAAUUUCGGCUCGAAAUUUGUGCUGCCGGUUCUGCUAAUGGUCCUGGGCUGGAAGCUUGCUGUGAUUCCGUUCUCGAGCUCUUCGGGUCCUUCCAUAGUGGAGGCCGGUAGAUACUCUAGAGAAUUUGCGUCGUUCAGGAGGAUAGACACGCACGCCCACUUCGUCCCUCCAUUCUACUUCGACACUCUGAAGUCCAUGAACCUCAAUGCUGGAGGUAGGGAGGUUCCGAGAUGGAAUGUGUCGGACCACCUGCAGCUGAUGAAUCGUCUGAAAAUCGAAACUUCCAUUCUAUCCGUGUCCACACCUGGAGCUCGCUUGCCUGGGUUCGACGUCCUACAGGCCAGGAAGCUAGCUCGGGAGCUGAAUGAGUACGCGCACAUGCUGACCGUCACUUAUCCAGGCCGAUUCCAGUUCUUCGCCACGCUCACUCUACCAGACCUCGAGGGCUCCAUCGACGAGGCCAUAUACGCUCUAGACACAUUGAAGGCUGCGGGGGUGGUGCUUCUGGCGAAUUCCGAGGGCGAGUAUCUGGGACACAAGAAAUUUGAUCCGCUCAUGGAGGUGCUCAAUUCCAGAGAGACCACCGUGUUCAUCCAUCCCAACACUGUGCCGGGGGCUGCCACAGAAGGAGUCCCGCAAUUCGUGAUAGACUUCCUGCUCGACACCACCAGGGCUGCGGCAUCUUUGGUUCUGAAUAAUGUGACGGGACGGUAUCCCAACCUCCACUGGAUCCUGGCUCAUUCUGGUGGGUUCAUGCCUUUCGCUGGUUAUCGGAUGGGAGGGGCUUUGAAUGUGGUGACCAAGGAGUCCACCGAGAGUCUCCUCAAAGAGCUGCGAACUUUCUAUGCCGACACGGCCUUAUCGUCCAGCCCUUCGGCUCUGCCCAGCACGAUCGCCUUCCUCACCUACGACCACAUGACCUUCGGAUCCGACUUCCCGUUCGCUCCCAACUUCGUCAUCGAGCAGGAAACAGCCCAGCUCGACGAUUUCCCUCUCAGCCUCGACAAGAGACAUUUGAUCAACUACGAGAACGCCGAUAGACUCUUCAGCAAGCCUCUGAGCCACUGGAGAAAUGUAUGGAGCUCUCCCAACGCCGCCCAUUCAUCGUAAUCAGCACAAUUAUGGCAGGUUUGCACGUACAGCUGGUCGAGGAUUCUCUCACAAUUUGCGUGGAGGGUGUUCUGGGGCCGACGAAUUUCGUACCAUCUCAUACCUCCUGAGAUCUGCACGAAGAGUUUUAGAAGUGAAAUUUGAUUGGCCCUUUAGUUAAGUUCUACUUUUUUAAUCCCGAUACGCACGUUUCUGAUCACCAUCACUUGAUCGUCACUCGAAUGGCCUUCGAUCAUACGGAAUGAUGAGUUGGUGAAUAUCCUCCACAGCACGUACACCAUCGAAAGCUGUGCGGUGACCGGCGGGCGCCUGGCAACACUAGGUGAUUCAGACUCACAAGUAUAGGCAGGAACUCCACACAUCUCGAAGUUAGCAUCGAAUUGGGUGCCGGCUUCGAUCAGUACGAUGGACAAAGUUACACGGAGCAGAUGGAGCUUGAGGCUCGGAGAAUAGAAUAUAUCGCUUUAGAAGUCAUUUGCUUCAGUUGAUUGUAUACAGCUUUGCGGAAAGGGAGUGCGAAUUCGAGUGGUCACUAGAGAUAAUUCGCAGAGACCAACAGCAGCUCUGAAGGAAAUUUCCAGUCUUCGUACUUAGCUCACCCAAGUUUACAGAACCUCUUCUUGUACAUUUUAAAUAAAACUCCUUGUAUAUUUAAUAGAAGUUUGCAGUUAGUGCAAAGCAUGUAUGUAUGGCCAUAUCACUUUCGAAUUGUCAAACAAUAGGCCAGCAAGGCAUAUCGAUAAAACGAUUCUGGCAGAUCCUUAGGCCAUGUACAUGGAAUAUUGCUGCUCUGCACUUUCACGACAGUGACGUCGAACACUGGGCGAUGACACAAUCACAAUCGCAUUUUACCUGUUCCCACUAGAUGGCACACGUCGUUAGCACUUGGCUGACGUGAAUGUGAGUGAUACACGUCCACUAUGCUGUCUGGUGGUGACACUCAUUGUUGUCCACGGUCUGCUGCGAG